CUCGACGAGCGUUUUCAGACCCCGAAGCUCGCCUUCCCUCAAUCUCCUCCCAUCUAAGCGUCGUCACGGAAACCGUAUCUGCAGAGCCGCCGAGUACAAAUUCCCCGACCCCAUUCCCGAGUUCGCCGAUGCCAGUGCUUAAGGCCGGGUUGUGUUGUGUGACGUGGAUUUCUCAGGAGACGGAGAGAUUCAGGAGCCACCUGCUAACGAAGCUCUCGAAAAAGGAUUUGUUCGGUGAUUCCAUUGACGAAGUGGUGGGGAUCUGCACCGAGAUAUUCAGUACAUUCUUACAUUCGGAAUAUGGGGGACCGGGGACUUUGUUGGUCAUCCCUUUCAUCGACAUGGCUGAUACCAUAAACGAACGAGGGCUCCCUGGAGGACCACAAGCUGCUCGCACAGCAGUCAAAUGGGCUCAACGUCAUGUUGACAAGGACUGGAAAGAAUGGAAUGGUGAGGAUAGCAGUUGAAAGGGGGUUGCCGGACUCGUACUUAAAAAACAAAUUAGGAAGCUUUACCCAGGAGUGUUGUAGUAUUUAGUAACGGCCUUUUCAUGUUUCGCUAGUAUCUGUUGUUUCUUCUGAGAGCAAUUUUUUGUAGUGAGAGAUGUUAUAGAAAUUGAGCGAGCCUCGAAGUUUAGGCUGGCCAAGCAGUGGUGCAGCUAGUUUGUGUCUCAGCUGUUCUUGAGAUUGAGAUGUAAGAGAACAUCCAGCAAAAUCAGAGAUUUACUCGAUUCCUCCUCCAUUCUUAACUGCGGCAGCUCCCUUUUCCGCUCUUCAA